AUGUGCACCACCGAUGUUUACACUUUCAUCCGCGCCGACGACACCUAUUAUGAGACCCGCGAAGUCCAUCGCUGCGUCGCUUACCGUAGAGGCGACCCUUGCAACCCCAUCACCUACAAACACCCUGUUUCUACUGAUUCCGGCCCCCAUCCUGCAUCAUCGCCGACAGCAUCUACCAAGACACCUGUCCUUCGACGGGAAGGUAUGGUCAGCAGUCAAAAGCAGGACGACCCGCAGGUCUCCGAUCCGACUUGCGCAUCGGCGCAAUCUCACUCUCCGAUCGACGACAAAGCUUCCUACGAUCAUAUUCAUACAUAUGAUCGCCUAUUAAACAUUGGAUCAGAUUCUGACUCCGAUGCACACGGCCAGGAUAACCUACGAGGUACAGGUCCAAGCGGGCUUGCUGAAGCAGACAGGGAGCGUAUUUUUGUUUUCGAGGAUGUGAGCGAGUCUGAUCCUAUGGAUGGCCAAGUACAGAGUAUCCUGCAACCUGAUGGUUAUGAGAGCGCCGAUUCCGAGGGGUCCAGCUCAUCAUCCCAGCGCAGAACUGGAGACGCGGGAAAAGACGAGUUACUCGAGAGGUUCGGAAAUUUAGAAGCUGGUGGCUUUUCGAGCGAGGAUGAUGACUUCGACGAAGAGGAGAUUCUCGAAUUUAUGCGAUGGCAACGAGAACUUAAAAGAAGAAAUCGGAUCCAUCGCGGCUCGCACCUCGGCAUGAGAACCUUUAGUGAGACAGAGUCCUCAGACAACGAAGACUUGCCGUCAUCCGCGACGGAGGCGAGAAAUGGCCUUGCGCACCGAAAAAAGAUGAGAAAGAUUGGGAGCGAUAGUGACGCCGAAUCACUUCCUAGGCUAAAACUAGCUACCACAUUGGAUGUGGAGGACCAACUAGCAGACGUCCCAAACCCGCGAAAACCGGUACCCACUCCUUCCAUACCGAGAUUAGUGCAUAUAGAGGAUUCGAAAGUCAGCAUGCUAGCCAAGAAUUUUGAACAGCUCAGUCGUGAGUUUGAGAAUCAGCGUCUCCGUGAUAUGGAGAAGCGAGUGGAAAAGCCAGCUCAAUCAGGGACGCAGGUUGGCCACGCUGACAGGGCUGAUGUUGGCGAUGAGACUGAACCCGCAUCGCAGUCUGAACUCCUCCCGGAAGCAACAUCAUCCCCGAAUGCAGCACUACCAGUUAAUCUCGAAGUGACUCCUAUGGGGGAUCUAGAUGUCGAGGGCCUCCUCCAUGUUGCCAACAGUGAUGAAGACGAACUUGACUCGGUUGUGUCCGCCACGCCUAGCCUGACAACGGCCAGCACUCUGUCCUCUUUUGCUGUCCCUGCAAAUUUGAUCGAUACUGCCCCAAGCUGGUUUCUAGAAUUACUCGUCAAGGACGAGGUUAUGCGCAACUUGCUGGCGUCCACGUCGAGCAAAAUAACUCCAGACAAGUUUCAGAGAAACUUCCUGCGCCUAUUCCGCUCGAUGCUAUCCGGUAUCAAGGCGGAUUCUAACAUCGUAGACGGAGAUCUCCGCACUGGUUUACGCUUUCUCCGACAUCAGUCACGGAACAUUUCGAGCCAUAUUUGCAAGGAGAUCUUUGGGAUAAAGGACGGGGAGGAUUGGUCAGCUCUCUCCCAGAUGCGGCCGGACAAAUCAUGGCAAAUGAAAAAGCACCUGGCUGAAUAUGGCCAGGCUGGCUACCCUGGCGACCAUGCUCAUCUGAACGAAGGAGAAAUAUCCUCUGAUAGCGAUCUUGCCGGCGUCGACUCGGUGGGCAUAGGCACGCUUACGCGGCAGAGGUUGGAAGUUAUUCUUCUCCAGUCCAGAUCUUUUCUCGAGUUUCGGGAGAGGUAUCAAAAGUUUCUCUUCCCUGACCUAGCUCACGACAAUGCAGAUAAAGGCAAUGCAGAAACAGACAACACAGAAAAUGGUGAUGCCGAUGGAAUUACCAGUGGUCCGAACGACCUAAACAUCGAACAACAACUAGAAUCCAAUCUGGGAAUGCGUCACUGGAUAACCUUGGCGUACACGAGCCUUGUCCGAGUUUGCCACCGCAUUACACGACCGCCCCUGAAGCAAGGAUACCGAAGACUUGAAUGGACUUGUGACUGCAAGGAAGAACUGUAUGCAGACUUUCUUGAGUCUGACUCCGAGUCGCUUGAGCAGUUACGACUACUCCUGGAUUGCAAGAAUGUCCAACCCGAAAAUUCCGUAACUACCACUCCCGACGGCGGCAUGGAAACCACGCCAUUGACCUCGCACUCAUCGAGCCGUCUCCCCCAGCUUCCCGGUUCAACUUAUCAACUAAGUAAAGGCCGCGAAGAUAGCGACCACCAAAUCGGCCGUUUGCCAAACCAACAACUCAAUCGGCAUCCACGCUCUGGGGAUUCUGAUCGUAUUUCCGAGCCUAGCAAGCCGCAGAAGAGAUUCCUUGAGCUCUGUGUAAACACUGGCGAGUUUCAGCGACAUCUCGGUGAGAUUAAUAUCACAGACGUGGAGACCGACUCUCAAUUAUUUAACCGCGUAAGGGAGAAAUAUCUGGAAUUGAGGAGCUUUCGGGCCAAGUACUUUCUUCUCAAGCCUGUUGAUGUCCAUUUUGUCCAGUUCUCUCUCGAAGACAGAUAUCGUGUCGGAAUACUAGACAAGCCAAUGGCCAUACCUACCGAAGAAGAAAUGUUGUCUGAGGGAUACGGCUAUCACCCUUGCCCGAUGAAGCCACCUCCGAUUCCGGCCCAUAUUUUCUUACACUAUUUAUCACACGAGAAAGGCGCCCAUCAGAGGUUAAUAUGGGGCAGGCGCAUUCCGCAGAAACUCCACAAAAGCAUCCUCGAAACGUACCGGACCGACGGACUUAUUUUGGGCUGGGGCGUUCACAUCAUCGAGGGAUUGGACAGGUUCAGGGCACUCAUCGCCACGCUAGCGAUCCUUUUCGUGAGCGGCGUCAUAGGGAUCUCGUGGGCGCUAGCGCGGGCCGAUGUGCAGGGCGGCGUUGGGAUCGGGGCUUGGCUCACUAGCGUGCAAGCCGUCGUACUCAUGAUGGUUUUGACGAAGUGGAAUGAGCUCUGA